GGGGAUUUCCAACUCAACUGCUCGCAUAUAAGCCAGACGCAAGAUCCUUCUUCUCUGUCUCUUGCUUCUGCUCUCUCAACUGCAAAGAUGUCUCCCAACGCUUCCUGCCUCUGUGUGAAUGUCUCUUCCAAGGAAUGGGGAUUAAUGACCUUUGGUGCCAACCCAGAUGACAGAGUGAAGAAGAUUAAUGAACAUGUCCGAUCUAAGACCAAGGUUCCUGUGCAGGACCAGCUUCUUCUGCUAGGUUCCAAGACCCUAAAGCCGCAGAGAAAGCUAUCAUCUUAUGGUAUUGACAAGGAGAAAACCAUCCACCUCACCCUGAAAGUGGUGAAGCCCAGUGAUGAGGAGCUACCCUUGACCCUUGUGGAAUCAGGUGAUGAGGGGCUGACCCACCUCCUCCAGGUGCGAAGAUCCAACUCAGUGGCCCAGGUGAAAAAGAUGAUUGAGACAAAGACUGCUGUAAGCCCUAAGACCCAGAUUGUGACUUGCAAUGGAAAAAAACUGGAAGACGGGAAGAUUAUGGCAGAUUAUUGCAUCAGAAAGGGCGAUUUACUCUUCCUGACAUACCACUGCAUUGGGGGUUGACCACCCUGGGAAAGGUGAUAUCAGGAGCUAAAGAGCUUAUUUCUUUUUGUCACUCACUAACCACAUCCUUUGAUGAUUUUCCACAAUUAAUGAGAAUGAGAUAAAUAGAGUAAGAUUUGGGGUAAGAUGAAGAAUAUUUUUUCUCUAUGAUUCUUUGGUUUUAACAUAAUUGAUUAAGUGGCAGAAUUGUUUACAAUGUAUUAUUGCGAAUAGAAAAUAAAAUUUUAAGGCAUUUUAGAGAUAGCAUUCAAAGCCAGCUUGAAAUUUAAUCUUUUCUUGGUUAACUUCUGAUAUAUAGAAAAAUUCCUAUUUCCUUUCCCACAUGACAAAAUAAUAAGUUUUAGGUCGGAAUCCACGUUCUACUGUUUUCUGUGUUUCUAUAUAUGUUAAACUGUGCUUCUAUCUAUAAUAGCAUUCAAUAAUUGUUGAGAAAAAUUGAAUUUUUUAUAGGGAAUAGUUGAAUGAUUUAUUACUAUGAAGUGAAUUAAUUACUCAGACAUUAAUAAAAAAUUAGAAAUUCAA